UUGUUUCAUGUAAUGAUACCAAACUGAUGCCGAAUGGAACAUUCCCACUGACAGCUCUAGCAAGUUAUCCAGGUUCGGGUAACACAUGGAUGAGACAUCUUAUCGAGACAUCAACCGGCUACGCCUCUGGGAACAGCAAACCAAGCUAUAUACUCGUCGGAGCAGGUUUUAAAGGUGAAAGGGUACCACACUUCGCCGGUAGAACUCUGACCAUCAAGACACACACUUUCCAUCCGAGAAUGGACAGUGCUAUUUUACUUGUACGUAAUCCAUACAGAGCUAUGGUGGCCGAAUUUAAUAGACAGAAAGCGGGAAAGACUGGACAUGCCGAGGACAACAUUUUCAGGACAGAAGAUUGGAGGAGGUAUGUUAAGAAGCAAUCUCAAACAUGGUUUAAGCUCUACGAAAAAUACAUCUCAGAAUGCAACCAUUUGGGCCACACCUGCAAGUCUAUGUUAAUCGUGUACUAUGAACAACUCCAACUACACCUUAAGGAUGAACUGCGACGAGUAUUGAAUUAUCUUGGUGUAAUGAUCGAUGAAGAAAGACUUACAUGUACAGUGAGAAAUUCAGAGGGACAGUUUCACAGACCAAAGUCAAAUAAGACAUUAGAUCCGUUUUUCGAGGAAGACAGGAGAUUCGUAGAGGAAUCUUUGAAAAAAUAUAUUGAGUUGAUUGAACAGGAAGGCUUGGAGAAACCACCAUUAUCACUAAGCGCAUUUCCGACAGAUUUAUAGAUAAUGAUGCAUCGAUUAAUUACUACCAUUUUGUCAUUAUAAGGAGAUGAAGACUAUAGGGGUUGGUAGUUUCUCACCAAGGGAGGGGAGUGGAUACGGGGUUCAUUGCCCCGCCCACGCAAGAUCUAGUAUUGUACACAUCGAAGAAAGGUGCUCAUGAACAAGGUGGAUAUCAGUUACUCUAAUCAGUGGCGUACCGUGGGUCACGGCCUUGAAGUGAACACGUGCACACUAAGAAAAAUAGGUUCAACUUUGCACCUCUAAAGGUGCAGACCGGAUGUCACACUGGGCGCACCUUUAGGGUGUAACUUUGUACCUUUUGGAAAGGUGCAACUUUGCACCUCAUGAUAUGUCACCAAUGAACAAAAAAAGUGUAAUCUGUAAUGUUUUUGUUGAGAAGUAACUCGCACAAAUAUGAAUUUUUUUUGGUCAAGUUUUUAGUUUUAAUUUGUCUAAAAUAUGAAGAUUUUGGGGGGAAAAUGACACCUAAAUAUUUUUCAGCUCCUGAUGACAAAGCAAUGUGAUGAAGGGGCAUGACAUAAUCAUUUGUUUGAUAUCAAAUUCGUCAUGAUAGCACAAAUAUUUUAUAAGAUAAAGUAAAUUUUAAGAUGUUUGGCUAGUGCCAACUUUUCUUUGAAUUUCCUGGGUGUAUGUAAACUUCUGGCCUCAACUGUGUGUGCUAUAUUAGGGAUAGAUAUAUUAUUUUGAACCUUCUCCAUAAUUUCAUUUUUUAAUUUGAGUGGGGUACAUAAUGUAACUCUUCCCCAAAUAGCACCUAUAAAGGUGCAGAAUGUCACCCGAAUUGGAAAUCAGGAUGCCACCGUGCUUGGUCGUCCGCUUCGUCUUGCCAAAUUUCCAAGAAUUCUUUUCACAGAAUUCUUCUGCAAUGCACACAAUCAGAGUAAGUGCAUUCGAGCUCUACCUUUAAUUCCGCAAUAAUUAAUUGGCACAAACAGUACUCUUCCCAAAAUAAUCAGACAAGCGUAUAUGCGAAUUAUGCAAUUCUUUUUUGAUAAUUCACAGACCCCUCAACACGUAAGAUUUCUACGUAGUUUGUUCCCAGACCCUAUAAACUCUAUACGACAUCAUGGGCAAAUUUCGCAAGUAAAACAGUUUUAUCGUCAUUACACGCAUACAAGACGCACACUCUUACACACACACACACUCUCCCAAACACAAACGAGAAAAAAAGUAUUUUUUUCAUUUGCGAGCAUUUUGAUAAGGAUGAAGUAUGAUAGGGACCUAGAAUCAUAACCUAUAUAGUGGUAUAAAUGAUGGUUUAUAUUGGUAUGGUUUUGUUUGGUGUAUUGUAUUUUCAACAGAAAUUGUGGUUGUGUUUGUUUUUAAUAUUGUUUAAGUGAAACUUGGAUAAGGAUCAACAUCACGAAAUCGUAUAUUCAAUGUACAUCAUGGUCAAUAAACUACGUUUAUGUUAGAGUA